AGGCUGAGGCCGAAGUGGCUUCUCUGAAUCGCCGUAUCCAGCUGGUGGAGGAGGAGCUGGACCGAGCCCAGGAGCGCCUGGCCACUGCCCUGCAGAAGCUGGAGGAGGCUGAGAAGGCGGCUGAUGAGAGCGAGAGAGGCAUGAAGGUCAUCGAAAACAGGGCCAUGAAGGAUGAGGAGAAGAUGGAACUCCAGGAAAUGCAGCUGAAGGAGGCUAAGCACAUAGCAGAGGAGGCUGACCGCAAAUAUGAGGAGGUCGCCCGCAAGCUGGUCGUCCUUGAGGGAGAGCUGGAGCGCUCAGAGGAGAGGGCAGAGGUGGCAGAGAGCCGAGUGAGACAGUUGGAAGAAGAGCUGCGGACCAUGGACCAGACUCUCAAAUCCCUCACUGCCUCAGAGGAAGAGUACUCCACCAAGGAGGACAAGUACGAGGAGGAAAUCAAGCUUCUAGGGGAAAAACUGAAGGAG